AUGGCAGCUACCGCAAGCUGCAAUUUUCAUGACGAUGAAUUGUGUAAAGAAAUUCAACUGGAAAUCAACUGUGACGAAAUGAUGGCAAUUCCUUAUGAAACUUUAGAAAAACGUCAAAUUACUCUUAAUCGACAACGUCGUUUUACAAAUCCAGUUCCAGUUGAUAAAAUGGCCUUUAUCUAUUUGGUUGAUCCUCGACAACCAAAUAUGAGAGACGUGCAAGAAAAAUUGCUGUACAGUUUCUAUGAUGCAGCAAAUCAACAAAGAAUGGCAUUACCUGAAAAUCCUGACGAAUAUGAAAUUGUCGCUGAUAGAGAUCUAGAACGCAAACUUCGAAAUCAUUUCUCUAAGCUUAAAAACUGGGGUUGUCAAUUUAUUCUCUGUCUGGAAAACUGUCGAAAUAAAGAGAUACACAGUGUUUUCAAACAAAUUGCAUAUCUAGAAUUUGGUCUUGUUACUCAAUGUGCUAAUUUCACAAAAGUUAAACAAAUAAGAAAUUUAAAAAGUUAUUGUAGUAAUCUCUUACAAACAGUGAAUGCUAAAUUAAGUGGGGAAAACAAACAAGUAGCUGAGCUGAAAACAAAUACUAAAACAAUGUUUAUUGGAGCUGAUGUUCAACACACGAAGAAUAAUUAUUCUGGUGAAUUACCAUCAAUUGCAGCAGUAGUUGCAAGUAUGAAUUCUGAGUGUACAUUAACAAAUCAACGUAUUUCUCGUCAAUGGCCAAGUAAAGGAAAACAAUCAGAAGAAGCUAUUUUAUUGUUGAAAGAAAUCGUCAAACAACUGUUGACCGCAUUCAUGGACAACAAUAACGGUACACUACCAGAACAUAUUGUUUUCUAUCGCGAUGGAGUUGAUGAUGGACAAUUCGAACGUGUACUGAAUGAAGAAGUGACUGCCUUGAAGGAAGCUUUUCAAGCCAUAUAUCCAACAAAUACGUUUCCUCCUCUUCUAACAUUUAUUGUUGUUAAAAAACGUCACCAUACGCGCUUCUUUGGACUGUCGCGGUCUUCAACGGGUAUUCUUAAUGUUGAAAAUGUUGAAUCGGGCGUUGUUGUUGAUAGUUCCAUCAUUUGUCCAUAUCCGAAUUAUUCCAAUUUUUUACUAAAUUCCCAUGAACCAGGUUUAGGAACGAAUAAGAUUGGAAAUUAUGUUGUAUUGGUCAAUGAAAUUCAAUAUUCAUUAAGUGAAUUAGAAGAACUUACAUAUUCUCUCUGCUUUACUGACCAACGUAUUGGUAAUCGAUUGAGUGAAUCAAUUCCAAGUGUUUUACAUUUGGCAGAUGCAGCAGCAAGCAAAGCGAGACAGUUAUUUAACAAUAAUACAAGACCAUCAAAUACAAUUCGAGCAGAAAUACUGAAAGUUCAUGAAGAUAUACAGAAUACACCAAAUAUGUUUUAA